AUGUCCUCCAUCCAAGAACUCGAUUUCGAGAAACUUCCCAUCUCACCCUCGGAACUCUCACAUGCUCCAACCGAAUUUGACAAGGAAUUCGCACCCAUCGUAAUCUCACCUCCAGACACACCCGUUCCGACAUGGGACAAGAAACUAAGUCGAUCCAUUUCACUAGCACGAAGGCGUUCUUCCAACGGAUAUGGUUGCGACGAUCCGGACAAUCCUGCAGGGGAUUUCGAAGGAGAAGGAGAUGAGAGAGAUCCUUUCGAGGUGAAGUUUGAUGGCGGUGAUAGUGAUCCCAUGUGUCCGAGAAGUAUGGCUCAUGGGAGAAAGUGGUUGGUGGUUAUUAUCGUUAGCGCAAGUUCUUUUUGUGUUACAUGUGCGUCAUCAAUGUAUACCAGUACAUACGCCCAGAUAGAGGAGGAAUUCAAUUGCUCUCGAGAAGUCGCUACCCUUGGACUUUCUAUGUUUAUCCUUGGACUUGGUCUGGGACCCAUGUUGCUCGGACCGCUUUCUGAAUUCUAUGGUCGUCGUCCGAUAUAUCUUUGCUCCUUUUCUUUCUUCUUAAUAUGGCUUAUUCCUUCGGCUGUGGCGCAAAACAUUCAGACGAUGCUCGUAGCGAGAUUCUUUGCUGGUCUUUCCGGAAGUGCUUUUCUGUCUGUCGCAGGAGGCACAGUGGGAGACUUAUUCAAUCGAGAACAACUUCAAGGUCCUAUGCUACUCUAUACAGCAUCGCCGUUCAUCGGUCCAUCGUUUGGUCCACUGAUCUCUGGAUUCAUUAACCAAUUUUCGUCAUGGCGUUGGACAUUCUACGUUCUGAUCAUCUGGUCAGCGUGCAACUUGUCAUUGAUCUUUUCUCUCGUCCCGGAAACUUACCAUCCGGUUGUCUUGAAGGCCAAAGCUCGUAAGAUGCGAAAGGAGACUGGCGAUGAUCGUUGGUUUGCACCUAAUGAGAGACUCAACAAGUCUAUUCCAAAGACCAUUGGUAUUUCCCUACUCAGACCCGGUCAAUUGUUAAUCUUUGAGCCUAUGUGUCUCAGUCUUUGCAUAUUCUCGGCUAUCUUGCUCGGUAUCCUCUACUUAUUCUUUGGCGCCUUUCCUCUCGUCUUUGAGGGUAAACACGGAUUCCAACAAUAUCAAGUUGGAUUGACCUUCCUAGGCUUGUUCAUUGGGAUGUUAAUCGCAGCGGCUACUGACCCUUUCUGGCAUAAGAACUAUGUAAGACUGAUCAAUCAGCGAGAAGAAAUGACGGGCGAAAUUGGUGGGUCUGAACCUGAAUAUCGCCUACCUCCAGCUAUUCUAGGAGCUUGUCUCGUUCCUAUCGGCUUAUUCCUCUUUGCGUGGACAACAUAUUCAUCUGUUCAUUGGGUUUUCCCAAUCAUUGGAUCUGGUAUUUUCGGAAUGGGAACCAUUCUUGUCUUUACUGGCAUCUUUACAUUCCUGGUCGAUGCAUAUCCCUUGUAUGCAGCCAGCGCUCUAGCAGCGAAUAGUUUCAUGAGAAGUAGUUUCGGAGGUUAG